CCGGGAGCGCCCGCGCGCGACCCUCGCGGCGUCAUGACCGUCGUCGAGUACGACGCGGUGCACGCGCCGGACUUGGAGUUCUUCCUCGCGGAAGGCCGACGGAAGCUCGCGGAGAAGUUCUUGGACACGAAGCUCGUCGCGUUUCGUUUCGAGGGCGAAAUCGACCCGGAUCCCACCCAGGCGCCCCUCACCGCGCAUCACUCCCUGCGCGACGUCGUCACCGCGAUGGAGGACGAGGUGUACUCGUUCCGCCCGGAACUCAUCUUCCCCUUCUUGCGCGAGUGCCUCGCGCGGUUCCCCGCGCGCCUCCCGCGCGAGGACGCGCACACCGGACCUCUGCUCGACGACGACUACGGCCGUCGGAUCCAACGCUCCAUCGCGCUGCUCGUUGAGCACGUCGUGUCGGAUAAACCGGACGAGCCGUUCGAGUGGUUAGACUCGUGGCUCGAGCGCGCGGGCGAGCAGGAGGCGUACGAGCUGUCGUUGCCGCCGCCGACCGUGGAGGAGGUGUUGGGUGGGAGGUCGAUAUGGGACAUGGACGUCGGCGAGCUGAGCGAGUUCGCGCUGGAGGUGUUCAUGACGUACGACGAGGACGGGAACGGCCGCCUGGACCGGCACGAGUUCAAGCGCGUGCUGGGGUCGACCGCGCUGGAGCUGACGAAGGGGGAGAUCAGGGAGAUCAUGGCGGAGACGGACGCGGACGAGGACGGAUACGUGGACUACGCGGAGUUCCUCCCGCUCAUGAUCGAGCUCAUCGGCGCGUUGAAAUCGGGGCCGAGGGCGCGACGAAACCGCGAAAAAGCCGAGGGCGCGGUGAAGGAGGACGUCUCGCUGCUGUUCGUGAAGGGCUUGGGGAAAGAAGAGCUGGACGAGAUGCUCAGGGAUAUUUUCGCGGAGUGCGACACCGACGGCAGCGGCGCGUUAGACCCGACCGAGUUCGAGAGGGCGCUGAGGGACGCGAACGUCGGGCUGAACAAUAAAGAGAUAAACCUGCUGCUCUCCGAGGCGGACGCGAACCAGGACGGGUUGAUCGAAUACAGCGAGUUCGCGCCCGUGUGCUUCGACGUCCUCGUCGAGCGCGCGAAGAACAAGCAGCUCGAGAACGAAGCGCUGCAGAGCGUGGACGGGAUAACGAAGAUGCUAGUGGAGACGUUUCGCGCCGCGGAUCCGGAGGGGAGCGGCCGGCUGCACUUCUCGGACGUCAAAGCGUGCCUGGCGUACGUGACGGAAUCGCAGGAGGUGAACCUGUCGCGCUCGCAGCUCGUGUGCGUCGCCGCGGAGGCGGAGAUAUCCCCGUACGACGGCACGGUCAGGUACUUACUCUUCGCCACCGUCGCGGCGGAGAUCAUGCACUCGAUGAUCGACUUUGACGCUCAGCGAAGACGCGCGGAGGCGACGACCGCGCUCGCGCACGGCGCAGACGACCUCACUGGCGUCGGGCGUUUCAGAGCGCUGGAUAAAGAGCAGAUCGAGGCCGUCAUGCUCGAGGCGUUCGCGGACGCGGACGUCGACGGCAGCGGCGCGCUCGAUCGCAUGGAGAUGUACGCGAUUUUACAGAGCGUCGGGGAUAAAAAGUUUGGCUUGGGGGACAAGCACGUCGCGGGCAUCAUGGCCGCCGCGGACGAGGACGGGGACGGGUUCGUGGACUACAACGAGUUGACGAAGUUAAUUUACGACACGUUGAAGGAGAUGGAGCGCGAGGAGAUUGUCCGCGACAAGGCGUUCAGGUACGAGGCGACGCGCAUGAAAGACAAGGAGGAUUUCCAAGAGGUGAGGGACGACACGACGCACAUCCAACUCGCGUCUCAGAGCACGGACGAUUACUCGCACUUGUACCGCCGAGACGAGAGCGGGAUCUUGCGCAGGAAGUGAGGCGAGUCGUUCGUCGGAAGAGAAUCGUAGCUGGGUAUGAAAUAGAACUCGAAUACAUCAGGG